CUCACUCAUCAUCAGCAUCAGUAUCACAAGACUUCACUCGACUUCAUCAGCUCAACCUACUUCGACCUCAAAGCCCACUUUGACUCUCAGGAGCAUUACUUGUCCUCACAAACAACCAACAUCGCAACCAUGCCUCAGCUCGUCGGAAAGCAAGUUGGUCCCACUGGCUACGGCCUCAUGGGCUUCUGCACCAAGAACCCUCCCACCCCCAAAGAGCAAGCCUUCAAGGCCAUGCGCGCCGCCCUUGAGUCCGGCGCCAACUUCUGGAACGCCGGUGAAUUCUACGGCUCGCCUGACUGGAACACGCAAAAGCUUCUGGCUGCCUACUUCAAGCAGUACCCCGAAGACGCCGAGAAGGUUGUCCUCUCCGUCAAGGGCGCCUUUCUCUUCCCGCAGAUGAUCCCCGACUGCUCGCCUGCGGGACUCAAGCGCUCCAUCGACGCCUGUCUCGCCGACCUGGACGGCACCCACAAGAUCGACAUCUUUGAGCCCGCCCGCAUCGACCCCAAGGUGCCGCUCGAGGAGACGCUCAAGUACCUCGAGGACGAGUACGUCAGCAAGGGCAUCAUUGGCGGCAUUGGUCUCUCCGAGGUUUCGGCCGCGACGAUCCGCAAGGCAGUCAAGAUCACCAAGAUCGCUGCGGUGGAAGUUGAGAUCUCCCUUUGGGCGACGCACACGCUUGAGAACGGCGUGGCCGAGGCUUGCGCCGAGUUUGGCAUCCCGUUGAUUGCUUACUCGCCCAUCGGCCAGGGCAUGCUCACAGGUCAGAUCAAGACGCUUGACGAUCUGGCCGCGGACGACUUCCGGAGGCAUUAUCCUCGCUUCUACCCGGAGAACUUCCACUUGAACAUCCAGCUCGUUAGCGAGCUGAACGAGUUGGCCAACAAGAAGGGAUACACGCCCGCGCAGCUGGCCAUCAACUGGGUCAAGUCACUGAGCAAGAAGCCUGGUUACCCGACGGUUAUCCCGAUCCCUGGUGCGACUACCGCGGAGAGGGUCAAGGAGAAUAACGUCGAUAUCGAGUUGACUAGCGAAGACUUGAAGAAGAUUGAUGAGACGUUGAAAAAGUUUGAGAUUGCCGGGAGGAGGUACCCUGAUGCUGUUCCUAUUGACGGCUGAGUGGUGUCUGGUUUCUUCCUUGACUACCUUGGCAUACAUAGACUCGACAGGUUUCUCUGUCUUCAUCACUUGUUCAGGGAAUUACAAUGGCGAAUGAAAAUACACGAGAAAGCCAGCAGUGGGAGUGUGGGAUUAGACAUUACUUAGGUACCUACUCAAUUCAGUCCGCUCCGUCUUUGUGUGAGCAUCCUAAAUGAAUUGCAAUGUCUCACUACGAGGACUCUUGUCCUUCUA